UCCUUCAUUUAGCUCAAGGGCAUUUCGGUCAUUUCACUUUACUACUUAAAUCUAGAAGACUCACUUUACCAUAACAAUUGCCGACUUCCAAACAAACCCAUCUCUCAGUUUGCCCACUUCCAGAAAAUACUCGGAGUUUUUUUCACCCCUUCAACUGGUUUUGCAAGUUUAGUUCUCUUCAGAUUUCUCAUUUUCUUGGUUGAAUUUCAUGGCUAUUGAAGGAAAGAUAAAGCUUUUAGACGAUGAAAAAAGUAACUUUUUGGUUCUCAUCUCCUGUCUUUCGUCCAUUUCCAUCUUUGGACCUAUUAGUGGAGGGCAUAAGUAUUCACAAGCUAUUGCUCUGUACACACAAGUGAUUAAGUUGAACAGUGAGAAUGUGGUGUACUGGGCUAAUCGUGUGUUUGCUCACAUCAAAUUGAAGGAAUAUUGCAGCGUAAUAGAGGACGGAGCUAAAGCUAUUGAAAUUGUCCCUAGAUGUUCAAAGGGUUAUUAUAGGCGAGAGGCUGCAUAUUUGGCAAUGGGAAGUUCAAAGAUGCAUUCAAGAAUUUUCAACAGUCGAGGUGAAAGCAAAGCAGUUACAAAAACGAGAUACAGGGACCGAGUGGAAGAGUUAAAAUCUAUAGGCCUGUCCGACAACAUCUAUGUAGUUGAAGUGCAGUUGAAGUUUAUCGAUGGAAGUUGGAUGUGCCGGAGACAUUAGCAUGGAGGAUAGCGCAAUAUGCACUGGACAAUUCCAAGAGCACAGAGCAUUACACGCUUUCUAGAGUGUUCACAGUGGUGGAAAGUAUGAUCAUAUUACUGUCAAUUGUAGCCAAUAUAUUUGGCCUUUAUAGUGCUGUGUUUUUUUAUGUCAGAUAACUUACUGCGAGAAAUUAGAAUUUAACAAUUCUUAGUAGUUGUAAACAAUGAUCUUCAUAGGUUAGAUAUUAGUUGAGAAACAAACAAGAAAUAUGUAUGUAAUUUGAUUCUUUAUGUUUGGUCCUGUUUGAUCAUUCAUUCAUUCAUUAUGAAGCUAUGUUGUUUUCCCUUUCUGUUCUUUUAUCUUCAGUCGUUUUUGCUUUCUUGAUUUGGCUAGUGUUUGGCCUUUGUAAUGCCCUGCUUUUAUUGUCUUUUCUGAAAUUCAUGAAGAAAUUGACAUGUACCAAUUGUUGAUAGUUGUGAAAAAUCAGUUCUCUGGUUAUAAAGUUUCUAUGGUUACUUAAGGUUGCUUAUGAAGAUUUUGGAAUGUCUACAGAAGUAUAGACAAUUGACAUUAACAGCAACAUAAAUAUGAUGUCUACACAGUGUAAUCAACAUAACUGUGGAAUUAAACUAGAUAUGUUGGUGUUGUAGUAGUAUCUAACAUAAGUAUAUUUAACAGUGAUGUAUCAACUGUAUUGCACCACCCUGGCGUCUCUCUGUCAUUUCUUGCUCAAAGAUAUGACAACACAAACUACAAUGUUAUAUUAAUCGUAUUUUGAACAUAGUAUAUAUAUAUAUUAUCACUAUCUAAACACAACUACAUAUACAUAGAUACACUAUAAUCCGAAGUGUUGGGCCCUUGCGCACGGGCAUAAGCCAUCUAGUUUUCUGUAUAAAAACCAGUGUAGACUUAUUGCCAUUUUUCUCAUUACAAAAAUAUUACUGUUCUAAUUUCUUCUUCUUACAGCCCUGUAAAUUAAUUAU